UUCAAUCCACGUAAAGCUUGCAAGAGGGAAGCGUUGUUGUGGGUUCCUUAAAAUCAGGACUUUUGCACGUUAUUUAUUCAUUGUGGUCGCAAAUUCACCGCACGAAAAUGAACAUAGAAGAGGAAGUUUUGCGAAUCCAGAAGAAACUAAAUAAAAUGACUUCGGAAGACGGAAGUGGUCAAGAGCAAGCGCUCGAUUUACUAAAACAGUUACAAACGUUAAACAUAAACUUGGAAGUGCUCACAAAAACGCGCAUUGGAAUGACAGUAAACGCGCUCAGGAAGUCCAGUAAAGACGACGAGGUUAUCAGCCUGUCGAAAACCCUCAUCAAAAACUGGAAGAAAUUCCUCUCGGGUUCCAACGUCAAAGAAACAAGCAGUGGCUCGUCGAAACCGAAAAAAGACAGAGAGGAUAGGAGCAGCCGUGAGGAGAAGGAUCGAGACAGGGAUCGAAAGCUACCGAGUCAAUUCCCUCCAGCCAGUUCAAACACAACAGACGCCGUCAGACUCAAGUGCAGGGAAAUGCUGGCGGCGGCUAUCAAAUCAGACAACGACGACUUUGAAGGAUGUGCAACGCCGGAGGACCUCGCUGAAGAGCUCGAAGAAGCGAUAUUUCAAGAAUUCAAAAACACAGAUAUGCGGUAUAAAAAUCGGAUUCGUUCCCGCAUAGCUAACCUCAAAGACGUGAAAAAUCCCAACCUGCGGACCAAUUUCAGGAUUGGCGCAAUCUCAGCGGCUAGAUUGGCAGUCAUGACCGCUGAAGAAAUGGCCAACGACGAAAUCAAACAGUUGAGGGAGAAGUUUACGAAAGAGGCUAUUAACGAUGCACAACUAGCCACCGUGCAAGGUACCAAGACGGAUCUAUUGAAGUGCGGUAAGUGUAAGAAGAGGAAUUGUACAUAUAACCAGGUUCAAACAAGGUCGGCUGAUGAACCUAUGACAACGUUCGUUCUGUGUAAUGAGUGUGGUAACAGGUGGAAGUUCUGUUGAGUUGUUUUUUUUUAGUUUACUUAAAUUGUGGAAGGUUUCACUAUUGUGUGGACAAACGAGUAUUGAUUUUGUUCAGUUCAUACCUGUAGGCCCACUGCGUCAUUAAUAAAGUCUUAAUUUUA